AUGGUCACGCUGAAGCACAAAAUGCUCGAAUAUUUUAAACCUUAUGUUGUGAAAUAUAUAGUCGUGACAUUAUGUAUGAUCUUCUUUCUCUACUCCGAGCUGGGGCUCGUACCACGAUCCAAUAACGUCAAAUUCCAACUGAACAACCCUCGCAUCUCCAAAUCAUACGUGGAAGAUGAAGUUGUUGGGGGCAUUGAGUGCAUAUUGAUGAGUGUUCUUAUCAGCACCAGUGUCCUUCUAUGGUAUUGCACCUGGGGGAAGGAAUCUCUGAGGAAACAACAUGGAGCUUGGAUCACCAAUAGACCCGAUUGGAUAAGUAAAGAUUUCCAUUUCAUGCAUGUGAGUCUACUGUGUUUGGCGUUGGUACUAACUAUUAAUGGUGCGUUGACCAAUUCUUUGAAGUUGAUCAUUGGGAACUUUAGACCCGAUUUCUUGGCAAGAUGCAUGCCCAAGGAUGUCACGACAUCAAAGAGUGACUUUUACGGGCUGGAUAUUUGCCAGCAGGAAGAUAAAGGUAUAUUGUAUGAAGGUUUGAAGAGUACGCCCAGUGGACAUUCAAGUUUCAUCACAAGUGGUUUAGGGUUCAUAUUCAUAUGGCAAUCCAAAUAUGUGAUAGGCAAGUAUUGGAGACACAUAUGGUGUCUUAUAUUGAUGGCUAUCGUCAUGAUAUCUAGAAUCACGGAUCACAGACAUCACUGGUACGAUGUCCUUUCAGGCUGCUCGUUAGGGUGCUCUAUAAUAUAUUGUUGUUGGAGAUGGGUCUUCUCGACAAGACCAGGCGCUACGUUACCCAUCCCAGUCUCCAUUCCCAAAUAG